CCCCAGCUCACACUGCGAGGGCUGGGGAUCGGAGCCAAGCAGCCGGGUGCUCCCCCGGGGAAGGCAGCGGCAGUGCCCGUGGGCACGGUCUGCCCGCUUUUGGGCCGGUCCCUGCUGGGGCAGGACCCUGGUGAGCACUGGUUUGGUCUGCCGAGGUGGAGAGCGAGCGCAGGUGCUGGGGGAGCAGGGUUCCUCCCCACUGGUGCACAUCAGUGCCCCACGCUGCCCGACCCCAUCCCCUGUGCCCUGCCGGUGCCAUGUCCUGGGGGCUGCGCUCGGUGCCGUUCGCAGGCAGUUGUUGUGUGUGCCCGCACCUCCGUUCGCUGCUGUUUUGCUCCAGCCUGAACUUUCUCCUCCUGGGGAAUGCGCCAAGAUACCCAAGAGGUGAUAGCACGGGGAGCGGGGGAUUGUGGGUGCCGGAGGAACACCCCGAUAACAUGCCCGAUAAGGGCACCCUCGCUGCUGGCACCAGGGAACCCGAGCAGGUUGGUGGCCCUUGUCGUGGCUGAUGUGCUCCUGCCCUGGCACGGGAGAAGGAGGAGGUCGCGUGGAUGCUCUCGCUCAUGGGGGGCCAACGCCUGUGCUGGAGUCAGAACCAUGCUGGGGGCCUGGCCAACCUGCAUUCAGCAUUCCCAGCCUGUUCCGGGGCUUUUCCCCCAGGUUGCGUGGUCCUUGCGGGGCUCUCCGAGCUCUUUGCUCCCUGCUGGGAUGCACGAGGCAGGGAUGCUCCAGUCCCAUGCUCCUGCACGCAGAGGCUCCUGCAAGAACCCCGCCUGCUCGGAGAGCGCACCUUCAGAAGGGGCUUCCCCCUCCCGUGCCACCUUCCCCUGGUCCUGGGCAAGAAAAGCAGAGAGAGCCAGGGCCGGGCAGGCGGGACAGACUCACGCAGGAACCUUGCAGCCCCCGCUUUCCAAGCACGGGGUCAGGCUGGCGAGCAGGAGGCGCGCGGGGUGGCAUCUGCGGCACGGCACCGCUUGUUCCCGUCCGUCUGGCGUCCCUCGGCAGCAGCGAUGCCACGGCCCAAAGGGCAGCCCCGGGGAGCGCAUUCCUGCCCGGCGAGUGGGCUGGAGCAACAAGGAGGCUUUGAGGCAGCGGGAGCGGGCACGGGCGUGAGAGAGGGGUGGGUGUGGGACGGCGCUGCCCCGGGGAGGUGGCCGCCGGAGCAUCCCCAGCCCGCUAGGACAAAGCUGGCUGCUCCUUUCCUCCGAGGCUGUGGCCGAGGGGGUCACCGGGGUCUCAGCAUCACAGCCUCAGCCCGCGCGAGGGGGAAGCAAACGGGACCCCGCUUGCAGAGUGCAGCGGGUGCCCCACUGGUUUUGGGGUGCAAGACCAGGUGCACGUGGGCCACAGAGGCGUGGAGGCUGCAGCCUGCCCCAAAGCCGUGCUCCGCCGAUGAGCACCAGGUUAUAUUUAUCCGGGCACUGCACAUCGCUGGCUUCGGGACAGGAGUUUGUCACCCUCCGUCUGCGUUUAUAUUUAUAUCUGUCGGGGGGGGGGCUGCAGAACGGCUCCAGGGGCAGGUGGGGAGCCCAAGGUCCCUAAGAUCAAGUCCAGCCAUCCAGCCGGAGGCUCCUGUGGGGAUGGCAGCGUUGUGGGGCAGGUUGGGGCUGGGUGAGGGUUGUGUUUAGGGUCAGGGUUAGGGUUAGGAAUGGGUUUAAGGUUUGGGUGAGGGUUAGGAUUGGGGUUAGCAUUGGGACUAAGGUUUGAUUUAGGGUGUGUGUUAUGGGUAGGGUUAGGGUUGGGAUUAGGGUCAGGGUGGGGUUGGAUUUAGGGUUGGGUUUAAGAGUUAGGGUUAGGAUUGGGUUUGCGGCUAGGGUUAGGGUGUAGGGCUGGGGUUAGGGUUAGGGUUAGGUUUAAAGUGAGUGUUAGGGUUGAGGUUAGGACUGGAGCUGGCCUUAAGGUUGGGUUUAGGGGUAGGGUUAGGGUAUGGCCUCGGGCUGUCCCCAGCUGGUGGCCAAGGCUAGGCCCGCGGGGGGUCGCAGCAGUAGCAGCUACAGGUCCUGCCAGCGGCCCCUUUGCUUUCGCGUUGUUAUUGUUCUGAAAUGUCAGCGAGGGCAGGGUUUCAGCGACGCGUCCUGGCUCCGAAAUGCCCGGGAUGCUUCGCAAAGGCCAGCAGGGGUAUUAAUAACAGGCUCCGCUGAAGCUGCGCAGCUCCAGCCCCCGUCCUUGCCUGACCUCCUCGGGGGCGGCUGGUGGCGCUCGGCUCCUCUCCUGCUCCCGACCCCAGCACCCUGUGUCUGUCCGGGCUUCGCGCGUCCGUCUGUCCGGCUUCGGGGGCUGCCGAGGCUCCCCCAGCCUCCAGCGUCCCCCACGGUGAGCGCCAAGCCCGGGUGCCACCACCGAGAGGAGAAGCUGAAGGACUCCCGGCUUUCCUUGGAUGCUGGGAAGAGGUUGCCCGGGGUGCUGAUGUGCGGCUUCCCAGCUCCUGUCCGCUCAUUAUUAUAAUGAGCUGCCUCCCAAUUAGCAAGCCGGGCACUCCUGUAAUGGGCCCCGCAGCGUCACGGCCACGUCCUCUCUGUCCCUCCUUCCCCAGAACCAGACAGGAUGCUACCGGGGUGCGCCGGGGGGGUGGGGUACGGGAGGAAGAAAGGGGGCCCGGUGACAAAGUUGGGAGAAAGAAAGGAAAAUUGCAGCUCUCAGCAGGCCGGCGCUGGGGUGUGCGCUCGCACGCCAGCGCGCAGAGAACUGGGAGUACGGCCAAGUACCUUUAUCAGAGGAAGCAGGCCGCCCAACAGCUGGACGGGGGAGCCUGCCAGGCCCCCCCCCGGCUCUUUGCCCCGGCCUCCCCCAGCCCCACAGGUCCGGGGAGUCCCCCCGUGGCACCAUCCUCAUACGGUGGUGGGCAGGAGAGGUUCUCCGCCAGCCGUCCCCGCUGCAAACCCUCGCCUGGUGUUUGCAAGGACUGCGAUCGCCGUCCCACGGCUGCGGGGUCCCACGGUUUGGGGUCUAGCAAAGCCACCAGCAGCACCUCGGAGCUUGCACACCUACAGGUGCACCCCGCAGGGGUUGCCCUCUGCUCCGCUGCCGCUCCUGCCCUGGCUGGGGGCGUCUGUGAGCCCUCCGAGGUCCGCAGGAUGAGGAAACCAGAGGUGGCCGACUGGCUCAGCACGACGCUGGGGAUUUGGGGCUGUGAAAGGCAGGGUUUUCUUCGCUGCGUGUUUGCAAGCAGUGGCUUUUCCUCUCCCCCCCUCCCCUCCGCUCUGACCCUUUGAGCCGGAGGUCUGGCUGCGCUGGGCAGCUCUGGCUCGGCGCCUUUCCCGUAUUGCUCUCCAGCCUCUCCGAGGCCAGGCUAUAAACAUUUCCCACGCCUCAGACCCUCUGAAGGGCCUUCCUCCCAUUGAACCGAGUCCUUGGAAGAGAGCAAGCCAGCCAGAAGCGCUGCCACGGAGCAGCGGGAAGGGCCUGGGGCCGGGGGAGAGCGGAGGCAGAGGACGGAGGGCUGCUGUGAGCAGCACUUGCCGUGCAACGUGCCUGCAGGAUGGGUUAGCGUGCACGCAGGAGGGGCGUGCGUGCGGGGCAUGCGCGCACAAGCGUGUGCAUGCAUGUGCGUGCAUGCACGGCGUGCAACUCUGUGCAAGGUGCAUGCACGUGGGCUGCGAAACGCACACGUGUGCGUGCCGCAGAUGCAUGUGCUAGGCUUGCGUGUGCGUGUGUGUGUGUGUGUGCAGGUGUUCGGGGGGGAACGCGUGGGCUGCAAGCUGCGCCCCUGCUCGUGUGCACGUUGGGAAGGAUGCGAGCCACCCAGAGCGAUCCGUGGGGGCUUCCCUCGGUGCUGCAGGGCUGGGGGCAGCCCGGAUUUUCCCGAUUCACCUGGGAGGGGUGUCCCAAAGCAGCCAAGCACCCACGGCCCCGGGGCUGGGUGGGCACCCACCGCGGGAGGGCCCCAGCACGGUGCCACCAAGCACGUCCUGCCCCACGGGGGCUGUCACACAGAGCUCCUUUCACCCGCCCGCUCCCCAGCUCAGGGUGGCACGCUGGCCCCUGAAAGGGACAAUUGAGCACGGCUGAGGUCACCCCCCCAGCAACCGUACCCCGUGCCCACGUCCCCUCCCCGCAGCCCGAGGAUGUUGCCAGCAUCCCUCGGACAUCGCUGCCAGCACCGGGGAGCAGAGGGGCCGGAGAGGGGCAUGGCCAUCCCCCCGCCGUACUCCCCGAGCCUCUUCAGGAGGAGGGACCGGUGAGUGGGGUCCGGGGGGGGGGGGGGACAGCGCCUGCCUGGGGGCUUUGCGUGGGGGUCAUGGUGAUGCCGUCACGGGGUGGUGUGCGUCACCUCCCCGGAGGGACACGGAGGUCCCUGCGUGCGUCCCCGCCACCAGGCCGGGGCACGGUUUGCGUCCGUCCUUGCGGCACCGACCCCAGGUUUGGGGUUUUUGGG